AUGUCUGAUGAUGAGGCCGACCCUGAGCUCUUAGACUUUCUCCGUCAGCACUUUCAAAAGACAGAUCUACCACCAGCCAAACCGGAAACGCAUGUUUUGGAGGGGGCUGAAUAUGUCUAUGACAAUGCAACUGAUGUGGCUCUGGACUCACAGUCCACAAGGGCAGCGGCCGCCAUGAUCUAUGAGCAAAUGCAGAAGCGGGAGUAUUCGACCAAAACCUGGUCGUCCCAUGAGCUGCACCCUAAAACCAAGGAUGAAAGUACAGUUGCUUUCAUUUUUACCAUAGACUUGCUGAACUUUUCUUUCUGGUCCGAAAAGGAUGACGAGGAACGCUUUGCAAUCGAAUACAAGGGCAAGAGAUGGACGGGUUACUGGAGCCUGGUGGCUGCCCUGCAACGGGCACUCGAUGAGGAAAUUCCCAUCACAUCUUCGGAUUUCUGGCAAAACGAAGAGGAGUGUACCGAGGAACUCCUAAAACAUGUCUUCAGGAGCUCAACUGAAGAAGAGAUACCCAUGUUUCAUGAGAGAAUGGCCUGCCUACGGGAGGCAGGGCAGGUCCUAUACGAGAAAUAUGAAAGUAGCUUCACCAAGUGCAUAGAAGUUGCAAAUCGCUCUGCUGCCGCCCUGGUCAACCUUUUAGCAGAGGACUUCCCCUGCUUUAAUGAUGUUGUAUCAUUUGAGAACCGGAAGAAUGUACGGUUUCUUAAACGAGCCCAAAUAUGUGUAGCAGACUUGUGGGCGGCGUUCAACGGAGAGGGCUUUGGAGAAUUCGAAGACAUUGAUAAGAUCACUAUGUUUGCAGACUACAGAGUCCCACAGAUGCUAAAUACUUUGGGAUGUCUAUGGUACAACCCUUCUCUUGCCAAUGCCAUACGUCAGAAGAGGAUUAUAGAAAGUGGUCACACUUGGGAAAUUCAACUGAGAGGGUGUAGCAUAUGGUGCGUGGAAUUGAUCCGGAGGGAAAUACUUCGAAAUCAUCCGGAUGCCAAGGUAAACGCGAUCCUGAUCGAUUUCUUCCUAUAUGAUACGAUGAAGGAGCAAGAGUUGGCAGGGCAGGAAAAGAUACCCCAUCACCGCACUAGAAGCAUUUGGUAUUAA